AAGUUGGGAGCGCAGCGGCGUUGGCGGCGGCGGCGGCGGCAGCGGCAGCGCGGCGGGGCCGGGUAUUGUCCGCGGCCCCUUUAAAUCCGCGAUCCCCUUUUUACCCUCCCUCUUUUCUCCCCUGCCCCCGCCGUAUCCCCUCCCUCGGUAGGCCCCCCCACACCGUGUGUUCCCCCACUGUACACCCCCUCCCGAGUCAUGCGAGCCCUGGCGCCCCCCACCUCGAGUCGGCCGCCGGAGGUUUUGUUUAUGGUUGGGUUCGCGGCCUAGUGGGCCGCGCCAGAGCCGGGGCCUCGAUUUGGGAGCGUGGCCGGGGCGGGGCUUGGAGCAGCCGUAGGAAGGGGGGGCCAUGCGGCUAGAGCCUGAGAGGGGAGAGCGAGAAAGAGCGCGAGCGAGCGAGGCCUGGGCCUUGCCUGAGUAUUCUACCUUGUAAAUACUGUUAUUUGUAUAUACUGUAAAUGAUGACAUCGGUGGGCACUAACCGAGCCCGGGGAAACUGGGAACAACCUCAAAACCAAAACCAGACACAGCACAAGCAGCGGCCACAGGCCACUGCAGAACAAAUUAGACUUGCACAGAUGAUUUCGGACCAUAAUGAUGCUGACUUUGAGGAGAAGGUGAAACAAUUGAUUGAUAUUACAGGCAAGAACCAGGAUGAAUGUGUGAUUGCUUUGCAUGACUGCAAUGGAGAUGUCAACAGAGCUAUCAAUGUUCUUCUGGAAGGAAACCCAGACACGCAUUCCUGGGAGAUGGUCGGGAAGAAGAAGGGAGUCUCAGGCCAGAAGGAUGGUGGCCAGACGGAAUCCAAUGAGGAAGGCAAAGAAAAUCGAGACCGGGACAGAGACUAUAGUCGGCGACGUGGUGGGCCACCAAGACGGGGGAGAGGUGCCAGCCGUGGACGAGAGUUUCGAGGUCAGGAAAAUGGAUUGGAUGGCACCAAGAGUGGAGGGCCUUCUGGAAGAGGAACAGAAAGAGGCAGAAGGGGCCGUGGCCGAGGCAGAGGUGGCUCUGGUAGGCGAGGAGGAAGGUUUUCUGCUCAAGGAAUGGGAACCUUUAACCCAGCUGAUUAUGCAGAGCCAGCCAAUACUGAUGAUAACUAUGGCAAUAGCAGCGGCAAUACGUGGAACAACACUGGCCACUUUGAACCAGAUGAUGGGACGAGUGCAUGGAGGACUGCAACAGAGGAGUGGGGGACUGAAGAUUGGAAUGAAGAUCUUUCUGAGACCAAGAUCUUCACUGCCUCUAAUGUGUCUUCAGUGCCUCUGCCUGCGGAGAAUGUGACAAUCACUGCUGGUCAGAGAAUUGACCUUGCUGUUCUGCUGGGGAAGACACCAUCUACAAUGGAGAAUGAUUCAUCUAAUCUGGAUCCGUCUCAGGCUCCUUCUCUGGCCCAGCCUCUGGUGUUCAGUAAUUCGAAGCAGACUGCCAUAUCACAGCCUGCUUCAGGGAACACAUUUUCUCAUCACAGUAUGGUGAGCAUGUUAGGGAAAGGAUUUGGUGAUGUCGGUGAAGCUAAAGGCGGCAGUACUACGGGCUCCCAGUUCUUGGAGCAAUUCAAGACUGCCCAAGCCCUGGCUCAGUUGGCAGCUCAGCAUUCUCAGUCUGGAAGCACCACCACCUCCUCUUGGGACAUGGGCUCGACGACACAAUCCCCAUCACUGGUGCAGUAUGAUUUGAAGAACCCAAGUGAUUCAACAGUGCACAGCCCCUUUACAAAGCGCCAGGCUUUUACCCCAUCUUCAACCAUGAUGGAGGUGUUCCUUCAGGAGAAGUCACCUGCAGUGGCUACCUCCACAGCUGCACCUCCACCUCCGUCUUCUCCUCUGCCAAGCAAAUCCACGUCGGCUCCACAGAUGUCGCCUGGAUCUUCAGACAACCAGUCCUCUAGCCCUCAGCCGGCUCAGCAGAAACUGAAACAGCAGAAGAAAAAAGCCUCCUUGACUUCUAAGAUUCCUGCUCUGGCUGUGGAGAUGCCUGGCUCAGCAGAUAUCUCAGGGCUAAACCUGCAGUUUGGGGCAUUGCAGUUUGGGUCAGAGCCUGUCCUUUCUGAUUAUGAGUCCACCCCCACCACGAGCGCCUCUUCAAGCCAGGCUCCAAGUAGCCUGUAUACCAGCACGGCCAGUGAAUCAUCCUCUACAAUUUCAUCUAACCAGAGUCAGGAGUCUGGUUAUCAGAGCGGCCCAAUUCAGUCGACAACCUAUACCUCCCAAAAUAAUGCUCAGGGCCCUCUUUAUGAACAGAGAUCCACACAGACUCGGCGGUACCCCAGCUCCAUCUCUUCAUCACCCCAAAAGGACCUGACUCAGGCAAAGAAUGGCUUCAGUUCUGUGCAGGCCACGCAGUUACAGACCACACAAUCUGUUGAAGGUGCUACAGGCUCUGCAGUGAAAUCUGAUUCACCUUCCACUUCUAGCAUCCCCCCUCUCAAUGAAACGGUAUCUGCAGCUUCCUUACUGACGACAACCAAUCAGCAUUCAUCCUCCUUGGGUGGCUUGAGCCACAGUGAGGAGAUUCCAAAUACUACCACCACACAACACAGCAGCACGUUAUCUACGCAGCAGAAUACCCUUUCAUCAUCAACAUCUUCUGGGCGCACUUCGACAUCCACUCUUUUGCACACAAGUGUGGAGAGUGAGGCGAAUCUCCAUUCUUCCUCCAGCACUUUUUCCACCACAUCCAGCACAGUCUCUGCACCUCCCCCAGUGGUCAGUGUCUCCUCCAGUCUCAAUAGUGGCAGUAGCCUGGGCCUCAGCCUAGGCAGCAACUCCACUGUCACAGCCUCGACUCGAAGCUCAGUUGCUACGACUUCAGGAAAAGCUCCUCCCAACCUCCCUCCUGGGGUCCCGCCGUUGUUGCCUAAUCCGUAUAUUAUGGCUCCAGGGCUGUUACAUGCCUACCCGCCACAAGUAUAUGGUUAUGAUGACUUGCAGAUGCUUCAGACGAGAUUUCCAUUGGAUUACUACAGCAUCCCAUUUCCCACACCCACUACUCCGCUGACUGGGAGGGAUGGUAGCCUGGCCAGCAACCCUUAUUCUGGUGACCUCACAAAGUUCGGCCGUGGGGAUGCCUCCUCCCCAGCCCCGGCCACAACCUUGGCCCAACCCCAACAGAACCAGACGCAGACUCACCAUACCACGCAGCAGACAUUCCUGAACCCGGCGCUGCCUCCUGGCUACAGUUACACCAGCCUGCCAUACUAUACAGGGGUCCCGGGCCUCCCCAGCACCUUCCAGUAUGGGCCUGCUGUGUUCCCUGUGGCUCCUACCUCUUCCAAGCAGCAUGGUGUGAAUGUCAGUGUGAAUGCAUCGGCCACCCCUUUCCAACAGCCGAGUGGAUAUGGGUCUCAUGGAUACAACACUGGUGUUUCAGUCACCUCCAGUAACACGGGCGUGCCAGAUAUCUCGGGUUCUGUGUACUCCAAAACCCAGUCCUUUGAGAAACAAGGUUUUCAUUCCGGUACUCCUGCUGCUUCCUUCAACUUGCCUUCAGCCCUAGGAAGUGGGGGCCCCAUCAAUCCGGCCACAGCUGCUGCCUACCCACCUGCCCCCUUUAUGCACAUUCUGACCCCCCAUCAGCAGCCGCAUUCUCAGAUCCUUCACCAUCACCUGCAGCAGGAUGGCCAGCUACCAUAUUUGCAGAUGAUUCUCUGUUGCCAGCGCCAGCAGGAGGAGCAGACGGGCAGCGGGCAACGUAGCCAGACCAGCUCCAUCCCGCAGAAGCCCCAGACCAACAAGUCUGCCUACAACAGCUACAGCUGGGGGGCCAACUGAGGCCCUGACCCUCUUCUCCCGGUCCCAUCUUCUGAGAGGGCUUCUCAGCCUGGAAACUAUGGAAACAGCAUCAAAGAGAAAGGAAUGUGGGGGGUUUCCGCUGCCCCCCACCCCCAGCGGCCCACCCCAUGCCUCAGCUUCAUGUCUGUCCCAUUCCUAUACCAUCCCCACCCUGUUGUAUGUAUUAUAGGAUUUGUAUUUUCUCCUUUUUUUCCCCCCUUCCAUUCCUUCUCCCCUCUUGCAUUCAAGAUUAUGAAACUUUGCUAUGGGCCCUGCACUUCCUUUGCUUCCUCCUGUUCACCCUGGUGGUGUAUGGAUGAGGCGGGGAGGUGGGACCCCCAAAUAUAUAUCAGCCCAACAGCCCUAAGUCUCCUUCUUUAUUAUUAGGAAAACAACAACAACAACAACAAACAAAAAAAUGGCGUCAUGAAUAUGAACAGCAUUGUCAGAUGAAUUAGUUGAAGUGGUUUUUUUUUUUUUUUUUUUGUACUGUGUCCUCAAAUUUAAUGGAUUAAUGUGUCUUGUAUAUAUAAAAAGAAAACCUCUACCUUCA